CUUCCGUCAGAAUGAACCGAUCAUUACGCGCAGCAUUACCAGCUCGAGCAACUGUCCUCGGGAAAUGGAGACCACGGCACUCCAGAUUUUACGCCCAACAGGCUCCGCCGUCACAGCCAGCGACAGCAGCGUCUAAAGUCACAAGGAUCGAGUCUAGGCUGCCCAAAUUCCUCCGUCGCUACACUGAGCCUCUACGCAAUGCUCCAGUCUCCCACAUUACCGCCUUUCUUCUUCUUCACGAGCUGACUGCGGUUGUGCCUUUAUUUGGAUUGGCCGGAAUAUUCCACUGGUCAGGAUGGAUGCCGCCAUUCGUGAGCGAGUGGAAGUGGGUUGCUGUUUGGACAGAGAAGUUCGGGAACUGGCUCCGCAAGAAGAACUGGUUCAAAGAUGGGAAAGGAGACAGGUGGUAUGGGAAAGGAGAACAAGUGACGCGCUUGGCGGUGGAGCUGGCUACUGCCUAUGCGAUUACAAAGGCAUUGCUACCCCUUCGGCUCAUGCUGAGCGUGUGGGCUACACCGUGGUUCGCGAGGUGGACCGUUCUGCCCGUCACCAACUGGCUAUCGCGUAUCGUCAAGCGGAAAGGGAAUGUAGCAGCGAAAGGCUCCGCAACCGCUGGUACCGGAGCUACCGCUGGCGGAGUCUUGCCCAAGGAUGUGAAGUGAAUGCGCCACUGAGGAGGAAGGGUGAAACUAUCAUGCUUGCAAGCAAUUUCUCCACGGCGCCGCAUCCUGCAUGCCCGCGCCCUGCUGGACUGCGAACGCCAUGCUGCGGCUGAUCGAGAACGGCUAGGAGCGUUGCGAUCUCCACUCAGGCUCGCAAGCACU